AUGUGGGUGUUUCGUUUGUCAGUGAUGAUCAAGCUUUUAUUCCAGCUGGAUGCAUCUGUUUGUCCUGAGAAGUGUGACUGCUCUUCAAAAAAUGCAAUUCAUUGCUCUGGUCCCCACAUAAAAGACCUGGAAUCGCUAAAUCUGCCUUGCAACAUGACAAAAAUUCACAUAACGGGCACAAAUGUAACAUACUUACAGGAUAUUUUUUCUGGGAUGGUGGAGCUGCAGCAUCUCAUUUUGUCUUCAGACAACAUCUCUGUGAUUUCACCAAUGGCUUUUAAAGGCUUGGGAAGGCUAAAAGCCCUCAAACUGCUAGAUAACAAGCUGGUCGAACUUCCCCCAGAAGUGUUUGAUGACAUGGUGCAGCUCCAGCAAUUGAUCCUUGAAAACAAUAGGUUAAAAUCCAUCAGAGAAAAUCUCUUUGACAAACUAGCUAGUUUGGAGGAGCUUUUCUUGAACAAAAACCAGCUAACAGCACUUCCCAGUGGCGUGCUAAAGAAACUUGCCAAACUCAAAGUACUGAACUUGUCAAGAAAUUAUUUGGCAGCACUGCCUAGAAAUAUAUUUAGUGCAUUAAUCAGGCUUAAGAAGCUGAUGCUGUAUUUUAACAGGCUGUCUUCAAUAGAGUCUGGCAUGUUUGAUAGUCUGAAGGAGCUGCUGGAACUGUUCCUGCAUUCCAAUAACAUCCAGUCCAUCAGCCCUGAUGCAUUUCAUUGUCUUCAUAAACUGAGAACCCUCACGCUCUCCAGAAACAAGCUUGAGGUUUUGGCUCCUGGGCUCUUUCUGCGCUUGCACGAUCUGUCUAAAUUGACCUUGUACAGGAACCCUCUGAAGUAUCUUCCAGAAGUGUUGUUUGGAGAAAUGAGACAUCUUGGUAGCCUGUGGCUGUAUCACACAAAGCUCUCAACAAUACCAGAUUUCGUGUUCAGUAACUUGACAAAUUUAGAGCUUCUUGUGCUGAGUUUUAAUCCAGAGCUUAGUGUUCUUCCUGAGAAGGUAUUCAGUGGUCUGAAUGAACUUCGGGGCCUUUCUCUGCAUACAAAUAAUAUUUCCAGUUUGCCAGAAGGCAUCUUCCUGAGCCUUCACAAACUGCAGAACAUUUCCCUUUUUGAUAAGAGGCUUGAGGUUCUUCCUAGAAACCUCUUUCAUAAUCUCAGGCACCUUCAGAAAAUUUACCUGAAUUGUACUAAGCUGCAGUCUCUUCCUGGAGACUUCUUCACUGCUUUACCUGAACUGCAAGAAGUCUUUCUUGAUCACAACCCUUGGAAAUGUGAUUGCCAAAUUCUUGGCUUCCGAGAUUGGCUCCAGAAGAACAUGGAGAUAGUUAAAAAUGUGCCAUCUCUGACAUGUCACAGCCCGCUGGCACUACAGAAUGUUUCUCUCGUGGCUCUAACAGUUGACCACCUGAAGUGCCUGCCAACAACAGCCAUCGCAUACCAGGCAUUCAGCUUGACUACUCCAACAGCAGUGUCUGCCGUGGAUACCAGCACACCCACAUCAAUUCCUCCUGCAACUCCAGGUUUUACCUACUCAUAUGCCAAAGAUGUUGGACGCCGUCAUUUCUCAGAUGUUCUAAUCCAAACUUCUCCCAGCAUGAUAGUACAAACCAAGAGUGACAGAGGAAAAGAUUUAGCUGCUCUUGCCUGGUGGGAUGAGUUUCCAGCCCGCAGGAGUGCUAAACCCUCUUCUAAUACCAGGAUUGCUUAUUGUCAGCUGUUCUUGUGCCUUCACAGUUUGAUUUUAGUGCUCCAGACUGUAACCAUCAUGCUCAGUCUACAUGUGGUGGGUAAAACCAGGCAACUCUUGCACUCCAGAAGUACUCCUGCUCAGCCUGUAGUUCUGAUAAAAUUUUCAAGAAGAUAG